GUCUGAGCGAGACGACAGUGUCUGACCGAGCAGCUCGCCUCGGCACAGAUAAGUCUUAAAGAGUCGUUCGCGCGUUCAAUUGAUUCAGUAGGACUCGCGGCUUCACACAAGACACUUGACGUUAAAAUGUCUCAGACAAGUGGCAGCACGGACAUCAAAGCAUCGGCCUUAGAGCUGAUCGGCAACACUCCACUCGUAGCGCUGGACAGGCUCUGGCCUGGACCUGGAAGGAUCCUGGCCAAAUGUGAGUUUAUGAAUCCUGGAGCGUCCAUCAAAUGCCGGUCCUCGCUUUACAUGAUCACUAAGGCCUUGGAGUCUGGAGCUUUGAAGCCGGGGGAACCGGUCCUGGAAAUCACCUCCGGGAAUCAGGGAUGUGGUCUGGCGGUGGUGUGCGCGGUGCUGGGACAUCCUUUGACCGUGACUAUGUCUGCUGGUAACAGCGUGCAGAGAGCGAUACACAUGGAGGCUCUGGGAGCCAGGUGUGUGAGGGUUCCGCAGGUGGAUGGCACAUACGGCAAAGUCACAUUGGCGGAUGUGACCGCAGCUGAGGAGAAAGGUUUGCAAUUGGUGGAAGAGACUGGCGCGUACUACGUCAACCAGUUCAACAAUGAUAUGAACUCUCGAGCUCAUUACGAAACAACGGGCCCAGAGAUCUGGACACAGACUGGCCAGCGAGUCGACGCGUUCGUCGCCGCAGUCGGCACAGCAGGAACCUUCGCUGGGACCUCCAGAUAUCUCAAGGAAAAGGAUCCGAGUAUUGUUUGUGUGGUCGUGGAACCAGAAGGCUCUGAGGCCAUCAAAGGCUGCGAAGUAACGAAGCCAAUGCAUUUACUGCAGGGUUCAGGUUACGGAUGUGUUCCAAAUUUGUUCAACUAUGAACACCUGGACGACACCAUAAGCGUCAGUGACGAGGAAGUCCUGGAAUACAAGAGGCUGAUCGGAGAAAAAGAAGGUCUGUUCGUGGGCUACACGAGUGCAGCAAAUGUCCUGGCUGCGGCGAAGCUGCUGAAGGCUGGAAAGUUAAAGGAAGACGCCUGGGUGGUGACCGUGCUCUGUGACACAGGCCUGAAGUACACCCCGGUGCCAUCAGAGAUCACCAAAACGUAAUCUCCAAGUACGGCAUUAUUUCCUUCUGCUUUUCAUUAUCUUUUGUAAUAUUUAUAAAAGUUUGGAAGUGUAUCUCAGCUCAUUCGUGGGAACCUGUACUUUAAAGUAUGAGAUUUAUUGUAUUGUUAAGUAACAGUACAAUCGUUAUUACUUUUGGUGAAUUACAACUACAUUUCUUAUCAAUUUAUUGUUGUUUAAAACAAGUUGUCACUCGCGACCUUGUCUAGUAUAAUUUUUUCUUCACAAUUUUUUUAGAUAUUUGUCACUAUCUGUUCAAAGUUCUGUAAAGAUAAUCUCGUUUUCCAGACAUUGUUAUGUAAUAGACAGACGGAUUGAUUAAUUUUUAUGAUAUCGUUAUAUUGUGCGUAAAUUCUUCAAGAGACAUGUGCCAUUCAAAUAAAACUAUUAUUGUCGGAUUA